CCAUUAUCACAGCGUCACCGAUAGCAAUGGAGGAAAAGUCGAACGAAAGAAAUGAAUCAACUUUGACAUGAAUAUGAAUGAAAAAGUCGUGUGGUACAAUAGUUUGCUAUUAGAUAUUUAAAGAUUCGAUAUAUGGGAUUUAUUUUCAUAACUUUCUAAGUGCUAAGUUUUCAGAAGCAGUUCUUUUGAGCAAGAAAAAGAAAAUAUUUAAAAAAAAAUAGAAAAAAAAAUGUCGCAACUAACGGAAUUUUGAUCUCGAAUUUAUACUUGUCAACAUUUAUGAUACUGAUGAAAUUUUUUAAUGGAUUCUCCGGAAUUUACACUGAAAUCAUCAGGAAGGAUGCAGCAAACUAGAAAGUUUGUGUAUUUAAUUUUACUUCAUACAGUUUUGGCAGACCCUUACGCAUCUAUGACUCGACAUAAGUAUGCAUGUUACAGCCCGGACCACUGCCAUUCAAACCUCUAUUCCAUCGAAUGUUCCUCAGAGGAGAAAAUUGCCAUGCACGGAGUAAGUUACGGAGCCAAACCUUAUACCUCAUACUGCCCUAAAACACAAAUGUGCUUGAAUAAAAACUUGUGCUGCAGACAUGAGCCAGGAGACUGUCUGGUACCCAUGAAUGAUUCUGCGUUAGUUGAGAUAUACAGAGAGUGUUCACAUACGACUCAGUGUGGUUGGUUGUUUGCUUCAUCAACAGAACUAGAGGCCAAUUGUAAAAUACGUGACAGAUCCAACUAUAUAAAAGCUGACUACCAUUGUAUUCAUGAUCGUUCGUUCAUAGACAUCUGUUCCCAGCAUACGGUGACGGCAAAAUCUGUACACAUUCAUCACUCGGCUAUUCCUCCUAGUAUAUAUAACUAUAACCAAUGUUCGUGUCUCAUCUCGCCCGACGUCUGCAACACCACCGCGAAGCUGAAAUUCCGAGCUGUAGAUAUAAGGUUACAAGAUAAAGACAACUUGACCAAAUGUUCACUUGACAGCAGGAUGGAACUGAUUGGACAAUGGGAUAAGAAACUGUAUAGCUGCGAGUCGGGCAAAUUUCUGCACGGUUUUGAAGAUUUUCAUAUUAGCAGCGAAAACAACAUGGUGCUGUUUCUCCAUAAAAUGCCAAGAGUUUAUCCAACAAAAGUCUGGCUUGAAGUUCAAGCUUCUCUUUCGGAUGUGAAGGUCAGGGUGACAUGUGGCCCUCGGAGUGUGGAGACUGCCCCUCGUUGUCCUGCCAUACCAAUUAGCCAAUCAGAAACCAUAGACACAGUGGAGGAUGUCCCAGAACGGAAAAAUAAUAAACCAACUAUAAUACAUUUAGAUCCUGAUGACAUUGACCAUGACAUUGGUAGACCAGAAAAGGAUGAACCUAGGGAGAAACAAAAUCCUGCUAUGGCGGCUAUUAUAGGUGGUAUCGUGGCAGGUGUGGUGGUUCUUAUACUCCUACUUGUACUGGUCUGUCUCAUCAUCAGGAAAAAGAAAAAGAACAAGGAUCACCAGGGUUUACCAAGUGCCAAAGAAUGUCAUCCUUAUGUGGAGGAAAGUCAUCAAGUAAAUUACUACGAGCAGAUUAAUGACAAGUCUACUGUCGCUACACCAGAAACCGGUAAACAUGUGAUAUAUCAUCAACCGUGGGGGAACCAGCCUGGAGUCAAUGUCCAGAAUCGUGCCAAACCUGCCGAUCUUGCCUACGCUACAAGCGAAGAAAUUAAAGUUCUUAUAGAAAAAAUGGAAAAAGAUCGGCAAAGUAUAGUAGAUGGUUGCGAUGAACAUUACUCUGAACCAGACCCCACCUACUACAGACAUAUAAGUACAUUUUCUUUCAAACCACAUGGGAAGGAUUCUCCAGACGGUCAAGGUGCUAUAGAACAAAAAAGUAAAAAUGAAAGCGAAACAGAAUCUGUUGCUUCAGAAAAUUGUGGAACAGAGAAAUUAGAAUCUGAAGACUCGAAAGUUGAAGCAGAUAGGGGAAUAGAUUCUGAUACAGAAUGCCAUAAGGCAGAGUCUGAGACUGUGUCAGCAACAUACGAUGGGUACGAGUCUCCAAGAGUCAGCAGUUGUCAACCAUCAGAUGCCACUGAGUCUGUUAGGACGAGCGUGCGAUCGAGUGUUCCGUCAGAGUUUCAGAAUUAUGUCUAUCAUCCAGAAGCUGUUAUAUUAGAAGACAGCCAGUCUGAUUUGGACAUUCCAGAAGAAUACGCCCCACCUGUUUCUGAAGCUGUUAAAAGUCAGUCCGGCACUGAUAGUGAUGGGAAAGUAACUCUAGGUGGUUAUAGAGAACCAAAGGGAAGUAAUGAGUUUCUAUUUAUGGACACUGAUUCAGAAAAGGACACAAAGAGUGAUCACCCUUACAGUCCUGUGUAUGAUGAAAUCAAAGAAAACACAAAAUUGUGAUUUGUAAUUGAUUUUUUUUGUGUUGUGAAUUGUUUUACUUGUUAGAUUAUUUAUGUUUUAUUGAACUUUUUUAUUGAUAUUAUGAAAGCAUAUUGCCAAUUGUCAAUUAAUGAUUUUCUUCAAAGCUGUUGUUUUCUUUUAAGAAUAUUGUAUAUUGUUAAUAAUGUUGUGAAUAUUUUUAGUAAAGAAAUUCAGAGUGAUUAUAUAUCAUUGAAUUGACAUUUUUGAUAAUGUAGGUUUUUUAUCUGAACUUGAUUUAAGUGGAACUUACAGGAGAAGAUCCUCUUGCAUAAAGAUGUUAAUUUAUUAUAAAUCAUUCUUUAUUUUUUAAUGAUAAACUUUUAGUCAUUAAUGUUUUCUUUAAAGAUACUCAACUAAAAACAGCUAAUUACAGGUGUACCAGUGUACAUGUACAUAAUGAAUAGAAACUUACCAUUUUAUAAUAAGCAGAAAAUUAAAAGCAUAUCUUAUAUUUUUGGUGGUUGUGUUUUUAUAUUUUGUUAUAUAAGAUCGGAUUCUACACAGUAUUAUAGUUCAGUUGUUGUUUAUCUUUUGAAAAUUUUAUUAGAAGUUAGCACUGAUGUUUUGCAGUUUAUGGCAUUUUAUUGAAUUACAUACUGUAGAAAUACCCUUUAACUUUAAUAAUCUAAUCUAAGAAAUUGCUCUAUACACUAUUUUGUCACAUAUAAUUGAAACAUUUAAGACAAGAUUAGUGAAAGGUUUAUUGCUUUCUUCCAGUAAUGAUUUUUUUGCUCUUCUUGAUUAAAUAUAAGUCAUAUUAAAGUGAUCUCUUUCCUUAUCAAUAAAGGUAACAAAGUAUUUAAGGCCACUACUUGAUAGUAAUUUAUUGUAGUAUAUUUUAGCUAUAAUGAAAGAAAGGUAUUUUCAUUUAAAUCCAGGAAUGUUUGAAAUUUUACAACAUUUUACUGUAAAAACUUUUCACUUAUAUAAUAUGAUGCACAGAUAAACUUGCCAAUAGUGAGCACUUUAUGUACAUAUAUACAUGUUUAUUUGUUUAUCUGAUUUUUAAGGCAAUUUUAAAUUUUUUCGAUCAUAUCUUAGUGGUUGAUCCACCUAACCAACUUGCCUGGAUAACUAACCAGUAACUACCAAUGUCACAACAAGUAACUAACUACUUAUCCUACAUGAUUUCUGAAUCAGCGAAGAGAGACAA